AUGAUCAAAGCACGUGCCCUUGGCAUCGGAGGGAAGAUGUACAACUUCAUAGCUGGUUUGCUUGAAGAGCGAAGCUACCAAGUCGAAGUCGGUCACGACGCCAGUGCCAUACGAACCAACCGCGUAGGCGUCCCCCAGGGCUCGGUUAUUUCACCGACUCUGUUUAAUAUAGCUAUGCACCAGCUACCUAAGCGCCUUGCUGACGUAUCGGGCCUGAAACACGCGGUGUACGCCGAUGACGUCACCGUGUGGACGCAUCAAGGGUGCAUCGGGGCGCAGGAGGACAUCUUACAACGAGCUCUCGACAUUAUUCACGCCUAUGCCACGAAAACGGGUUUACACACUGCCCCAGACAAAACAGAGUUUGUCGUCAUUCAUGGUGGCAGGUCUACCUUUGGCAAGCAGGAAGAAAAGCAGUCUUUUAAACUGUACAUCGGUGACCAACCCAUCACAUGGAAGUCUACUAUCCGAAUACUCGGUAUGCACCUAGACGAGAACUGCACAGCGAACACUUGGUUCCAAUGCGUUACGAAGACCAGCAAACAAAUCCUGCAUGCUUUACGCAGAAUCUCUACCCGCACCCGUGGAGUAAACGAACGUGAAAUGCGGCAGUUCGCUCAAGCUUUUCUUGUCUCCCGUAUCAUGUACGGGCUGCCGUAUCAUCCAGUCAACCGCACACAGCUGCACACGCUCGACCAGUUACUUAACGAAGCCAAACGCAUUGUAACUGGACUCCCAAGGUACACAAGCCUCGAAGCGCUUAAAAGUUGUAGCAAACUCAACAACCUGUCCGAGCUCGUAGACAUGCACAUCUAUACACAAGAGACGAGACUUCGCGCCACAAAAGCCGGGCGACACACGCUCAUGCUCCUCGGGUAUGACGUCCACAAAAUACCGAUUUUGCCCAACAACACGCCGCCAUGGGAAAUCACGGCUCUCACCGAUGGCAGGCCACUUCCUCUCAAUAUGGACCCUACUCAGCGAAUGCGGCGCCUUGCAUAUGCCAAGAGGCAUGCUAAGGCUACGAGUUCACUCUCCUUGACUGAAGGCAUCGUAUACACGGACGUUGCAGUGCCUGCAGACGACGUUAGUAACACCUGUUAUGCGACUGCGUGGUACGACCAGACAAAUGAAAAUCAGAACCGCCGCCAUCAUAUAUCAGCAGAAGCAAUGUACAGCACCCGCGCUGAGCUAAUGGCCAUCCUAGAUUAUUUGGAGUGGGCCCUCGCAACUUCGUCUCAAACUGACCCUGUUCACCAUCAUGUGUACACAGAUUCCCAGGCUGCUCAUCGGGCAUGUGCUAAUAUUAUUUACACAGAUCCCGUACUGCAGAAUACCCGGCACCAGGCACGCCUGCUCCGCGAAUGCGGUCACGAUGUUACCAUUCACUGGGUCCUUGCGCACUGCGGUAUCCCUGGAAACGAGAAGGCUCAUAGACUGGCGCGCGCUCAUCUCUCUACCGCGCUAGCCAGAGCCUCCGAUAAUCCUUAUCCUCUCCUAGCUACCACACCUCAGGUAGCAGACCCAAUGGCAGACAAGCAUGCGACCAAACAACGGCGUGCCACCUACCUCGCAGCAGUGGGCAAUCCACGCUCUAUACCGUCACUUCCACCGAAGGUAUUCACACGGCGAGAGUCAGUCUUACUUCGGAGAAUCCAGACAAGCACUCUGCUUACUCCUCACUUGUUGAACCGUUUCCACAAGGGUGGCACACCACCACCCGUAAGUGGGUUCUCUUCCAUCUGCUCAUGUCGUGCUGAUCUGAACCACCUUUGUUGGGAGUGCCCCCUCUACAUCCCACCAAUGCUUCGUGCCCUGGCCACCAUACAGCGGGGACCCUGGCCUUCUUCUCUCCGGACUUGGGCUUGCCCGGAUACCACGUCUCCGGACCAUGCCAUCGAGCUCUGGCGAGCACUGCUGCUGUUCCUUCAGGACCCUGCAGCACCACCCGUCGGCGAUCGGCUCCGCGACAGCCACAAGCGUCAUGACGCCCAGUGGGUACUAGUUCUCAGUAUCGAUGAUGGCAAGGACGAUGCCCUGUUGAACCGAUGGAUCUGGUGCGACCGGACAGGACUGGUCCGGAAGGAACUCGUGCCGCAGGAAGCGCGAGCACGAUAG